AUGAUCGGCAAUGUGGUCAGCCUGCAGGACACGGACCGCAGUCGUCAGGGGCUUGUCGGCGGCAGCACUGCCACGUUCAGGGGAUCAUUCUCCAGGCACAACGGCGUGGAGGCUGAUCAGUCCAACUUCAAUCGUGUCAAUGCGGAUCCCGGAACCGACAAGAGUAAAACCGGCGUACGGCAAAUGGGGUCACAAUGGCUCCGGCGGUCCUGGCCGGCGAGCGGGUGGCGCCGUACGGCGGUGGUCAACACGAUUUUCGUCUUCACCUUCGCCGUGACCAUGCUUGUCUUCGUGGCGGUGACCAGCUCCAAGGCGGGCGGCAUCAACAGGAACCUCAUCUUCUUCAAGGGCGACUGCGGCACGAGCACGAGGACCAACCUGCUGCUGCAUCUGCUGCUGAACAUCUUCUCGACAUGCAUCAUCGCGUCGUCCAACUUCUUCAUGCAGAUCCUCAACGCGCCGAGCAGGAGCGAGGUUGACUUCGUCCACACAAACAUGCCUCAUGCGAACGUCGAGAUCGGGGUGCCCUCCCUCAAAAACAUCCUGUUUGUCUCGCCGGUCAAGACGGCCUACUGGUUUCUGUUCAUGCUGAGCUCCGUGCCGAUCCACCUCUUCUUCAACAGCGCCGUCUUUGAGACCGAGUACCAAGGCUCUGACUGGCAGCUCACCCUCGCCGCCGAGGGGUUCGCUUCCGGGGCGCAAUACUUCCCGCCGGGUGCGAUUCUCUGGCCUGCGGGGGGUGGCCGGGAUGCGGUUCCCCAGUUUAGAGACACAGACGGAUAUGGAAAAUCCGUAAACAUCGCAGAGUACUUCAACCCGGACUCCCCCGCCGUCCGCAACACGACCACGAUGUCGGCCUCGUCGGGCAACUGGACUCGCCUCGAGGCCUCCGAUUGCAUCGCCCAAUACCACGACUGCGCCCCGAGGACCAAGUACCAGGACGUGAUCAUGGUGGUACAGUCCCACGACGCCAGCUCCAUGGCCGACCCGGCGCUCGGUUGGAGGCGAGACGACGUCCUCGCCGACAUGGGGGCCGCAUCGGCCUCGUUCUGGGACCCCGUCGUCCCCGGCAACGAGACCAACUCGCUCUGGUUCUCAACACAGUGCCACACCAUGGCCGACCUCAACCCGCGGACCUACCGCGUGGAGGGGUGCUUCCAGACCUGCUACCGCGGGUGGGGCAGCCAGGAGGGCAGACACGUCGACCUCGCCGGCAAACCAGCCACCGUCGUCGCGCCAGACUUCACCUUCGACUUCCUGCCGACCGACUCCACGCACAGCUUCCAGUCGAUCGAGAACCCGGGGCUCCGGUCCCCGGGCAUGUCCGUCCUCGAGCUGCGGUACUGCCUGGCGCAGGAGGUGGCGCGGGACUGCAAGCUCGGGCUGGCCAACAACCUCCUGCUCGUCGUCUGCCUCUGCCUCGCCGCCAAGACGGCCCUGUGCGUCAUGGUGCUGGCCACCUCGCGCGACGACCCGCUGGUCACGCCCGGCGACGCCAUGGUCUCGUUCCUGACGCGCCAGGACGACGCGACGGGCUUCGACUGCACGCUCGACGUCACGCGCAAGGAGGCGCGUCCGCCGGCUCCCCGAUCGACGGUGCCGCUCCCCGGUGCCCCUGCGAGGUGGGAGCGGAGGAGGCCGAGACUGUUCACGGUGAUACCUGUGCAGGUCUGGGUGCGGAGCUACCUCCUCUUUACCCUAGUCAUUAUAUUUACAGGCGCCAUGUUGGGUAACGCCCUGUCCACCCAAGGUCUAACCCGAGGCCGCUUCUUCGAGCACAGCGGGAACAACGGGAUCCUCACACCGGAGAGCGAGGCGAAGGGCGGCAUGUGGGGCUCCGUGCUGCUGGCCAAUAGCCCGCAGCUGCUCCUGUCUGUUUCGUAUUUCGUGUACAACUCGCUGUUCACCCGGCUGCAGGUCGAGAAGGAGUGGAACAGGUACAGCAAGGACUACAGGCCUCUCCGCGUGACGGCCCCCGUGGGCGAGCAGGUGUCGACGUACCGGCUGCAGCUCCCUUACCGGUAUAGCAUCCCGCUCAUCACGAUAAGCAUCAUCCUACACUGGCUCGUGUCGAACACGCUUUACGUAUUCAUCAUCGAAGGAGGCUACUACAGCAUCACCACCGACAGCUCGACAUCCCCACCCACAGGACUAGGCCUCUCAGACGACGCCUACAUCGGCAUCGGCUUCUCCAGCCUCGCAAUCCUAACCGUCUUCAUCCUAGCCUGCGUCCUCGUCCCCGUCCCCAUCGCCCUCUGCAUCCCGCGCGUCGACGGCGACAUGGUGAUCGGGGCCAGCAACUCGCGGGUGAUAUCGGCGGCAUGCCACGCUCCCCCGUCGUCGGCUACACCCGCACCACCGCCGUCUCCCGGGGAAGAAGAACCGCGAUCGGAUCCCGGCUCUAGCGGCGACAGCAUCGAGCUGGACAGCCUGCUGACGGCGGGGUCGGAUGGCGGGAAGGACGGCGCCGACGACGCGUUUGAGGAGUAUAGGUUGGGGCUGGUCCGGCUGUCGAGGGGCAAGGCACUAAAGGCGGUGGACGCAAGCCGAGCUCCCCAAGCUACGCGCCGCCUGAUCAGCCAACAAGGGAACAGAGUUGAGGGGAAAACAAAGCAGCAGCCGCAAGCAAUGGAAUACCACCCGGCAUCAUCCCCCACCUACCUCGCCCCCGCCCCGCCAGCACCUCACACCCGCGACGACGAGUUACGCGCCUCGAUGACGAGGACGCCAGCAAACCCAGCGCUCCAAUCGCCACCCCCACGUCUUCCCCCUCCACGCACCACCGCCGUCGUGGCCCCGCAGUCAUCCGCAGCCAGCAGUCCCGGCUCGACCGCGACGGCGAUGACGGAGGGGUCGUCGUCGUCGUCCUCGGGGCCGGGCGCGCAGCGGCGACGGCAACGGCUGGGCGGUAGCAGCUCGCGCGCGACGACGGUGUCGCCAGGCCCAGCGGUAGCAGCGGAGGGCUCUUCGUCGUCAUCGUCGUCUGGUUCGGCCGACAGUCCGGAGGCGUGGUCUCACGACGCGGCGGGGCCAGGGAUGCCGAUGGCUCCACAGGGGGUUGUGCCAGGCCCCGGGAUGGGAACGGGGAUGUUUGCGCCGCUGCCGCCGAUAGUGCCGUUUGGGGUGGCGACCGAGUUUGCGCCGCCGAUGAUGAUGCCGAGGGUGGGCGCAGGUGCUCCGAGGGCUGCCGCUGUGCCGGUGGCGGCGAAUACGUCGCCGACGUAUCUGGGGUCUCCCAGGUUCUCGCCGCAGCUGACGAUCGGGUUUGAGAUUGCCGAGCCGCCGAAAUAUCCGGCGUGGCGGCAAUGA